AGCGGGCGGAGCGCAGGGGCCGCGGCGGCAGUUGGCGGCGGCGAUGGCGGCGGCCGCUCUGGGCCUGGCCGCGGGCCCGGCCCCGGCCCUUUGCUGCUCGGUGCAUUGGUUCCGCCGUGGGCUGCGUCUCCACGAUAACCCGGCGUUGCAGGAAGCGUUGCGAGACGCCGCGUCCCUCCGUUGCAUCUAUAUUCUGGACCCUUGGUUCGCCGCCUCCUCCGCCGUGGGCAUCAACCGCUGGCGAUUUCUGCUCCAAUCUCUGGAAGAUCUGGACAACAGUUUAAGGAAACUCAGCUCUCGCUUGUUUGUUGUGCGAGGGCAACCAACAGAUGUCUUCCCAAGGCUCUUUAAAGAAUGGGGAGUCACUCGUCUCACCUUCGAAUAUGACUCGGAGCCAUUUGGUAAGGAGAGAGAUGCAGCUAUCGUCAAACUGGCCAAGGAGGCUGGUGUGGAGGUGGUGAUAGAGAACUCCCACACCCUCUAUGACCUGGACAGAAUAAUUGAGCUGAAUGGCCACAAGCCACCCCUCACCUACAAGCGCUUCCAGGCCAUCAUUAGCCGUAUGGAGCUCCCAAAGAAGCCAGUGAGCACUGUAAUAAGCCAGCAGAUGGAGGCAUGUAAAGUGGACAUCCAGGAGAACCAUGACGAUGUGUAUGGGGUUCCAUCCCUGGAAGAGCUGGGCUUUCCUACAGAUGGUCUUGCCCCUGCAGUUUGGCAAGGAGGGGAGACAGAAGCUUUAGCGCGGCUGGAUAAACACUUGGAAAGAAAGGCCUGGGUUGCAAAUUAUGAAAGACCAAGGAUGAACGCCAAUUCGUUGCUGGCCAGCCCUACAGGACUCAGUCCCUACCUGCGUUUUGGCUGCUUGUCCUGCCGCUUGUUUUACUAUCGUCUCUGGGAGCUGUAUAAGAAGGUGAAGCGGAACAGCACGCCCCCCCUCUCUCUGUACGGACAGCUUCUGUGGCGGGAGUUUUUCUACACAGCAGCCACAAACAACCCAAAGUUUGAUCGCAUGGAGGGGAACCCCAUCUGCAUCCAAAUCCCCUGGGACAGGAACCCUGAAGCCUUGGCGAAGUGGGCAGAGGGCAAGACAGGCUUCCCUUGGAUUGAUGCGAUCAUGACCCAACUGAGACAGGAAGGCUGGAUCCACCAUCUGGCCAGGCACGCGGUGGCCUGCUUCCUGACCAGGGGUGACCUCUGGAUCAGCUGGGAGUCAGGAGUCAGGGUAUUUGAUGAACUGUUGCUGGAUGCAGAUUUCAGCGUAAAUGCGGGCAGCUGGAUGUGGCUUUCAUGCAGCGCAUUCUUCCAGCAGUUCUUCCACUGUUACUGCCCUGUGGGUUUCGGACGUCGCACAGACCCCAGUGGUGACUAUGUUAAGAGGUAUCUGCCCAAGCUAAAGGGUUUCCCUUCACGAUAUAUCUACGAACCGUGGAAUGCGCCUGAGUCUGUGCAGAAGGCAGCCAAGUGCAUCAUUGGGGUGGACUACCCCAAACCCAUGGUGAACCACGCAGAGACCAGCCGACUGAACAUCGAACGCAUGAAGCAGAUAUACCAGCAGCUGUCACGCUACAGGGGGCUCUGUUUACUGGCAUCAGUCCCUUCGUGUGUGGAAGAUCUCAGUGGUCCAGUCACAGACUCGGCUUCAGGGCAGGGCUGCAGCACCAGUACAGCAAUGAGGCUGUCGCAAGCAGACCAGGCUUCUCCAAAGCGCAAACACGAGGGAGCAGAAGAGCUGUGCGCUGAAGAACUGUACAAACGAGCCAAAGUGACAGGUCUCCCCGCUCCAGAGAUCCCUGGCAAGAGUUUGUGAUUCCAGCGACAAGCACCUUGUAAGUGAAGAGUGAGAGUGCUGAAGAGGUGACCAGAGGAGUAGGGAGUGCUGCGCAGAGGGACUGGAACUCGUCAUCCCACCGGGAAGUCGGGGGUGUCAUAUAAAUGUGUAAUUCCAGUAGGUGCCACAGCGGGGCGCUGCGUUACUUGUGCUUGGGAACAUUUGGCUUCCUGCUCUCUGAGCCAAAUCGUCUCUCCGCAGCCGUGCCCGAAAUCUGCCCGCGUUUAAGGGUGCCAGAGCCUUCUCUCAACUUGUUUGCUCCCAGGUGUGUCUGGCUUUUCUGACAACGGCUCAGCGCGUGUGAGUUGGUGCAUUGAUGUAGGCAGCAACACCUGCACAUCUCAGAAAUAGUGAACAUCCUUUCUCAUCACUAGUACUAGGCAGUGAGGUGCGCUGAUUAAUUUAAAUCAUAGUAGGGGUUGAGAAGGAAGCUGAUACAACGUCAAAAAUAGAAUACUCUACAGAAUAGGGUAAGAGAACAGGAAAAAACUCAGUAUUUCUUUCACUAGGCUAGACUGACAGCGAUGUAAAUGAUUUUUGGGUAAAUCAUGGUGGUAUUUGUGUGGGAUGGAAACAAAGACAAGGAAAAUGGUAGCAUGAGAACAAAGGGAUACAAACUGUCCAUUAGAAAGGCACUGCUUUCCCUGCAGGAGAACCUCACUGCUGCAAGGUGAGCCACGGUGCUGUAGCCUGGAAUGGGCAGCUUCAGAGCAGUUUGACACCUAUAGGGGAGGGAUUCUGAGAGAAGGAGGAAUACUUUAGAGAAUAAGACCAUGCAUGCCUUGAUAGGAGUAAAGCAGUCUCCCGGAAGCUUACUGGUCCAAAUAAUAAGGGAGCUAUACCUGAGCCCUGUACUCUAUAGCGUUUCCUUCCCCGAGUGAGAGCUCUCAAGCAGAGUGACUGGUGUCUGGUGUGUAGCCUGUGGAGGGCCUCAUACUGAUAGGGGAUGUGUUACACAUCAGCUCCUUGAAGUGAGUCUUCCUCGGGCUCAGUCCAUUGACCAUUCUGUGUGCUCUUUCCUGUAUUGGCAUCUGUUUUGAGUUUCUGCACAGUAUACUGCAGUACCUCAUACCCUGCACACUGCUCCUUGCCAUUUGCACUCACGCUGGUGCUUUGUAGCCUAGCAGGGAGAUGGCAUCGCUUUCCUGGCUCAUAACCAACCAUACACUCCUGGGCCUCGUCCUGUUCCAUGUCGCUUCAGUGCGGUGCUGGCAGAGCACCCCUGCUUGCCUUCCCACCUGAGAGAGCAGGGGAGGGCAGUACUGCAGAAGAGCCUCUUUUAGCCAUUUUCAAGAAGGAUUAGCUCAAGUAGCUGGUCUGGUGCAACAAGCUGCUGUUGGCGCUGUUUUCAUUUGCUAUCCAAAACCUUUCAUCCCCACCUGGCACAAGUGGUGUGGGGCCAUAUGUGAGCUUAUGCAACUAACAGCUUGGGGGACACAGAGGUUGUCUCCCACUCUGAUAAUCCACAGGGAUAAUUGGAUUCAGUUUUGGAGUCCAUGUUUAAACCCAAAGCAGUGGGGCUGCAAAUUGACUCAUGAAUCUGGGAAGCCUGAAGUAGUUGAAUGGGGUCUGUGAGUUAAAUUAUUGAAUAGCUGAAUAAGCUUUCCUUCCCACUCAUCUCUCUGGGGAAUUGACCUUAGAUUCCUUUUCCUAAGGGAAUCCAUUGGGUGGACUGACCAAGUAAGUAAGUAAAUAAACUUUUCCUGCCCUUACUUUCUUCUAAACUACUAUUCCUAGAGUCUGCCUGGUGAAUAACCCAGUAAUCGACAGGUUUUGUCUCCUUCAGUCUGACCCAGACCUUACUCUCAUUGUCUUGAGGGUAGAAAAGUAAAAAGAAAAAGAGACCCUUUCCCCCUCCCCUGUGUCCUGCUACAGAGAGAAGAAGGGCAAGACAUGCACUUUGUACACUUUGGUUACAGAAAUAGUGACUUCUGCCAGUUGGAGGGUUUGAUGCUUAGGCAAUGGUCUGUACAUAUGACAUUUUUCUUUUUUUUUUAUAUAAAUGUCUUUAACCCU